AGAUUUUAUAGACAGGAAAGAAACCCUAACAUAUAUUCCUUAUCUCUGCUCUAACUUCCACAUCCUCACUUCUUUCUCCUGCUCUAGACAUUCUCAGAUUUAAUUGUAUUAGACAUGGUUGGUUGUUGGGAGAGAACCCUUAAGCGAUUUUGAAUUAAGGAAAUGGGAAGGACGAAGCCACUGGUGUUCUUGGAUGUAUGUAUUGAUGGUUAUCCACAGAGAAGAAUGAUUUUUGAGCUUUUCACUGAUGUUGCUCCAAAAACUGCAGAAAAUUUUCGUGCACUUUGUACAGGGGAAAAAGGAAUCAGUGAUAGAACUGGCAAACCUUUACACUACAAAGGAACCCUUUUCCACCGAAUUGUCAAGGGGUCCAUGGCUCAGGCUGGAGACUUUCUCAGGCAAGAUGGGAAUCAUGGAGAAAGUAUAUAUGGCACAAAGUUCCCAGAUGAGCCACCAAAGCUGAAACAUGAUGCCCCUGGUCUCCUGUCUAUGGCAAUUGCUGACCGUGAUACACGUGGUUCUCUAUUCACACUCACCUUCGGUGCUAAUCAUAAUCUUGACAGGAAAUAUGUUGUAUUUGGCAAGCUUCUAAAAGGCCAUGAUGUGCUUAAGAAGAUUGAAAAUGUUGGAAAUGAAGAAGGGAAACCUGAUGUGAUGGUCAAGAUAAUAGAUUCUGGUGAAUUCCCCAAGGAUGUAAGGAACCUAAAUAAAUUGAAGUUGGGGAAGGUUGCUUCUACCCUCAACAAUCAUGAAACCUACCGUAAAAGAAAACAGAAAAAAUCUUACCAGGAUCGAAGAAAAAAAAAGGUGCGGUAUACAUCAGAAUCGGAUAGUUCUACUGAUAGUGAGACGGAGUCUUCAGAAUCAGAUAGCUCUACAGAUGCUGGUGAUCUCUCUUACACAUCUACUUCCACUUCAACCGAAACCAGCUCAUCAGGUGAUGACAGGCGAAGGAAAAGGAAGAGAUCUAAGAGAGAUAAGCAUAAACAUGGAAAAAGAAGGGAUCAUCGCAGUGAAAAAAGCCGCAGGAGGCGCGAUAAGAAACAAAGGCGGAGAUCAAGAAGAUCAUCAGAAAGCCUUUCUGAUAGUGAGACUGAAAAUAGUUCUGAAAACGAUGAUGGAGUUAAAGGAUUGGAUGGGAGGAAUAAAAUCCCAGGAAAGAAAUUGGAUGGAAAUCAAUCUCUUGUUGAGGAUCGGGAAGCUGUUUCUGUUCAUAAGAAGGGAGAUUCCAGUGACAUCUUUGAGAGGGAAGAAGGUGAUAUCCUCAAGGAAAACGGUGGGCAUAAAAAUAAUGAUCAGAGUCAUCAGGAUAGACAACCUGAUGUGGUGGAUGAUCAUCCAGCGAAAUCUAGGAGUCGAAGCCCUAGUCCUAGAAGAUCUAUGAGUAAAAGCAUGAGCAUAAGUCCCAGGAGUUUAAACAGAGACCCAAGUGUUGGCCCAAAACACAGUGUGAGGAGUACGAGUGCUGGCCCAAAACGGAGUCCAAGCAGGAGUGCAAGUAUCAACGAAAGCCCACAUCGCGUCCCCGAGAAGAGUACUGGCCGAGUGAGAAGUGGAAGCAGCAAGAGUCCAGCUAGAAGUAUUAGUCAAAGUCCAGUUAGAGGCAGAAGUGUAAGUGGGAGUCCAGUCAGAGCCAACUCUCGAAGAGGCAGAACCAGAAGUCCUUCAGCCUCGCCUCCUAGAAGUAUCCGCAGCCCACCUAGAAUCUCUUCAAGGAAAUCUUGGAAGUCGGCAAGUCGAAGUCCAGUUAGGUCUUCUCAGAGGAGCGUGAGCAGAAGCCCUGUUAGGCCUUCUCGGAGGAGUGCUAGCAGAAGCCCUGUUAGGCCAUCUCGGAAAAGUGUGAGCAGAAGUCCUGUUAGAUCUGAUCGGAGGAGUUUUAGCAGAAGUCCUGUUAGGUCUGCUCGAAGGAGUAUUAGUAGAAGCUCAGGUAGGGCUCCUUCUAGAAGUCCUCAUCCAAGUCUAGGUAGGGGUCCUAGUAGGAAUAAUCGCCGAAGCUACUCAAGGAGUCCUGUAAGUGCCGGUCGCAGGGGAAGGUCACCAAUCUCUGAUCAUGGUAGGAGCUCUUCUAGAAGUCCUGUUGGUGGAUCUCCCAAACGCAUAAGAAGGGGGAGAGGCUUCAGUGAGCGGUACUCUUAUGCACGUAGAUACAGGAGUCGUUCUCCUGAUCGAUCUCCAGUGAGGUCAUACCGCUAUAAUCGCAGUGACCGUGAUAGAUAUUCAAGUUACAGACGGUCCCCCAGGCGCUACAGGAGUCCACCAAGAGGAAGAACUCCUCCUAGAUACAGAAGCAGAAGAAGCAGGUCUCACAGUGUAUCACGCAGUCCAAUACGCUACCGGUCUCGCCGUGAUAGCAGGAAUCCUAUUCGUAGUCCAUCUCCUGUGGAAAGGUAUCGUGCAUCGCCACGAGCCGAGAGGCAGAGGUUGCCCUCUCAAAGCAGGAGCAGGAGCAGGAGCAGGAGCCCAUCAGAGUCAAGGUCACCUAAUGGAUCACAAUCUCCAAGGUUGAGGAACAAGGAGAAGUCAAUAUCGCCAUCCCGGAGCCCCCCUGCAAAGGGCGGCUUGGUUUCUUAUGGAGACGUGUCUGCUGAUUCAGAUUGAUAUGAACGAAAAUUGAGGGUUGGCACCUCAUCAAAUGUGUAGACAGUCUAGUCGUGUUUCUCGGUUGGUUCAUAUUACCUGGUAUCUUCUGUGAGUUGGGAUUUUAUUCAACAUUUUGUUCACUGGCCUUUCUUGGAGAUUUCUGUCUGCGUGGUGUUAGAUUAUUGUAGUAAAAUGCUAUGGCAUUGAGACACUUGCAUUGGUGAUAUGAGAAAUCUUAACCUCUGUUUUAUUUUUUA